AUGGCGCAUAGGGGGAAUAUCCUUACACUCUUGGGGAAAGUUAGGCCUCGUUUCAUUGGCCCCUACGAAAUCCUGGAGGAGAUUGGACCCGUCGCCUAUCGUUUGGCGCUGCCACCAAGUUUCGGAAGCGUGCACAACGUCUUCCAUGUUUCGCAGCUGCGGAAAUAUGUGUACGACCCGAAACAUGUGAUACACCAUGAAGAGAUGAUGUUAAACCCGGACUUGAGCUACGAAGAGAAGCCAGAAGCAAUCUUAGACCGGAAGGUGCAACACCUAAGGACAAAAUCCAUCACUUCGGUGAAGGUCUUGUGGAAGCAUCAUGGAUACGAAGAAGCUACAUGGGAGCUGGAAGACGAGAUGAAGGAAAAAUACCCGGAACUGUUUGAAUAG